CUUAUUGGACUUAUUGUGAUACCCAUAGAGGGAAUCAAACUCAUUGAGACUUGCUGGUACUAUGGAAAAAAUCCAUGUGAAAUGUUUGUAUUAACUAUCGCGCUGCUCUUCUCUGCAUGCCUUAGUAAUUUAGUUUGCAUUGCUGUUGAUCGUUUUAUAGCUGUGUGUUACCCUUUACUGUACCUACAUAAAAUAACCAUGACUAAAACCUUACUUAUCAUUUGUCUCUGCUGGUUUUGCUCCUUUACAUAUAACUUUGUUAUAGUUAUGAGUAAUGGAUAUGAUGACAUAUCGAACAAAACAGAUGUAUGUUAUGGACAGUGCUCCAUAGUGUCUAAUUUUGCCUGGAGGCUCACUGAUCUGUUCUUGUCUUUCGUGUUUCCGUGUAUUGGAAUAUUUACUUUAUAUUUGAAAGUAUUUUAUGUUGCACAUCAGCAAGUGAAAGUUAUAAACUCAUUGGUGAAAUUUGGUGAAAGAAUAAUGGAAGGUUCUGUUAGGAGGAAAUCUGAGCACAAGGCUGCUCUAACAUUAGGGAUCAUUGUGACAGUUUACCUGCUUUGCUGGAUUCCAUAUUAUAUUUUGUCUGUAACAUAUAAUGCUGAAAAUGCUUUCACAAUAAUUAAUUUUGUAACAUGGGCCUUGUAUGUUAAUUCUGGUGUGAAUCCUCUUAUCUAUGCUUUAUUUUACCGUUGGUUUAAACGGUCAGUUAAAUACAUCUUAACUCUAAGAAUACUUCAGCCAGCAUCCUCUUUGCUGGACAUUUUAACAGAUCUUUCAUAA